AAUAUAGUGAAAGUUUUAGCAGCAUAUUUUAUACAGGUCUCAAGUUGAAAGAGAGAGUUGACAAAAAAAAAAGUUGAAAGAGAGAGAGAGAGAGAGAGAGAGAGAGAGCUCAGAAGAGAGAGAUGGGAGAGAUUGUGUUUACAGAGAAGCAAGAAGCUUUGGUGAAGGAGUCUUGGGAGAUACUCAAGCAAGACAUCCCCAAAUACAGUCUUCACUUCUUCUCACAGAUACUGGAGAUAGCACCAGCAGCGAAGGACAUGUUCUCUUUCCUAAGAGACACAGAUGAAGUCCCUCAUAACAAUCCCAAACUCAAAGCUCAUGCUGUUAAAGUCUUCAAGAUGACAUGUGAAACAGCAAUACAGCUGAGGGAGAAAGGAACAGUAGUGGUGGCUGACACAACCCUCCAAUACUUGGGCUCUGUUCAUCUCAAGAGCGGUGUUCUUGAUCCUCACUUUGAGGUGGUGAAAGAGGCUUUGGUGAGGACACUGAAAGAAGGGUUGGGGGAGAAAUACAAUGAAGAAGUUGAAGGAGCUUGGUCCCAAGCUUAUGAUCACUUGGCUUUAGCCAUUAAGGCCGAGAUGAAACAAGAAGACUCACAAAAACCCUAAAUAUCAUUUGGGUAUUAUAUCAUUAUAUGAUCAUACAUAUCUGUGUAUGUAGUAUACUUCAUACUUUGACUUUCUACAGUUCAUUGUUUUUGAAUAAGGAUUUUGAGAUAUCAUGAGAGGAGAUACAUGGUAGAUGGUACCGUUGUUUCUCUUGAAA